AUGUCUUCAGAUUCCAACGGCACCAAUCAUAUCUCCAAGAAGCCGACGAAACGAUUAGCUAAACCUAUUAUUGAUGACACAAACAGGGAUUAUCAGUUCACGGACUCAGACAUCGAGGUAGUUUCGAGCGAUGAUAAACGAUUCAAGGUACACACUUGGGUUUUAAUGGCUGGAUCGGUCGUAUUUCGAGACAUGCUACAAGUCGGCAAAAGUGCUAGAGAAGCUGGUGAAGUAGUUUUCACCGACCCGAAGAUCGAGACCUCCACAAUUCUGCAGCUGUUUUUUGGAGUCUGUUAUAAAAGCGUUAUUGCAGAUCCAGCCCAUACUGGCAAGACCGGCAGGUACGAAGAUCUGAUUGCUUUGGCACAAAAAUACGAGGCAGAGACUGUCAUUGGAACAAUUAAGACCUCCUUGUACAAGUGGAUUGGCUUCGGAUUGAUCUGUCCGUUCAAUAGUUUGGUCUUGGCGGCACGGCUGGACGAUAUUCAGAUCGCUACGGCCGCCAUCAGUAAAGCAGAAGACUGGAUGUAUGUGGACGUUCAGAAAGAAACCGAAAAGGAUCUUUUAGAUUUGAGAGGCAUUUUGGGCUGCAACGCGAUCGACUUAACCUCUAUCUCGUUCAAAGACUUCGCCUUGCUGCCAGAUGAAUACAAAUUUGCUCUUCUCCGUGCCUCUCGACCAAGCGGAGGCCUAUAUGCUGGAAAAGUGGAUUGGACGGAGAUAGCGAAAAGUUUUUACAUAGUCAUGACCAAGAUCCGCGCUUCUCCGAAAUCCAAGGUAUCCUAA